AUGGUCGACACCGACGCCCUUGACGAGCAUGAAGGGGCCGGCACAAUCAUCUACGUAGACCCGGAGAAAGAAGCUGCUGUUUUGAGAAAGUUUGACAAAUAUCUCUUACCAGUGUCGGUUGUGUUCCUCGUUUUGUCCACCUUAGACCGAAACAACCUUGGAAAUGCCGUGGUAUUCGGCCUUGAUACCGACCUGGGGCUCGUGGGCGGCGAGUUUGGUAAUAUUAACACACUGUCAAGUGUCUGCACGAUCUUAUUCGAAGUCCCCUGGGUUCUUGCAGUCCGACGUUUUGGCGCUAAUAAAGCCCUCGGGGCUUCUCUAGCUACAUGGAGCUUAUGCACGCUUGGGACUGCAUUUAUUCAAAAUUACGCUCAGGCUAUCGUCGUUCGCAUGCUCUUGAACGCCUGCGAAGCUGGCCUCGCCCAGGGCUUUGCCUAUCUUUUUUCUACUAUCUACCCUCGGGAGGUAGCAGGGAAGCGUAUUAUGACAACAAAUCUCUCCGCCUGCAUCUCGGGCGCAUUCGGCGGGCUUUUUGCCUACGCUAUUCAACUUAUGGGAAAUAGAAAUGGACUUGCGGCCUGGAGAUGGCUAUUUAUUGUCGAGUUCUGCAUUACGGUUGUUAUUGGUGGUAUUGCUUUCAUUUUCCUCCCAAGCUCGGCGGAAACAGCAUGGUUUUUGAAUGCAGAAGAGAAAGAGACUAUGCGUUUGAAAAGAGAACGAGAUAUGAUCCAUAGAGGAGAUGAAAAGUUCGACCGUAAAUGGAUUAAAAUCGCCCUGACAGACCCAUUUGUCUAUCUUCUCGGCAUUGCAUUUUUUACAUCCUCCGUCGCCAUCAAUGGAUUCGGUGUUUUCUUGCCUACUAUUAUUGCUGGUCUUGGAUAUGCUUCCCUUCGCGUCAACUAUAUGACUAUCCCGGUCUAUGUCCUUGGUGCUAUAUCUCUGGUUAUUCAGGUUUAUAUGUCCGACAAGCUCAGGAAACGUGGAGCAUUCAUCAUGGGAUGCUGUGUUCCGGUAGCAGUUGGAUAUCUUAUAUGCGUAGGAACGGAAAACGCACAUGCUGGAUAUGCCGGGAUGUUCGUCCUUGUCCUAGGGCUCUUUCCCAUUUCCACGCUGGCUGUAACUUGGAUAGCGACAAAUCUGUCCCCAGAUGCCAAACGAGCGAUCGGGAUGCCGUUGGCUUAUUCUAUUGCAAACGUAUCAGCUUUAGUAUCCUCCCAAUUAUAUCCCAGUCAGCAGGGCCCACGGUAUGUCAUGGGCAAUGCCAUCUCGGCCGGUUUAACGGUUGUUGCUGCCUUCCUGUAUGGUGCCUGUUGGCUUCUGCUUAGACGCAGGAAUUCAAAGAAGGCAAAGCUUAUCGCUGAAGGAGCUACUACAAAUGGUCUUGAGGGAGAUAUGAGCCUUGAUUCCAUGUAUAUUCUCUGAGUUACUGUAACGCGUGUUUUUAAUUGCGUUUUGUAAUGAGAUCUGAAAUGAAGUCCGCAGUCUAGGCGUGCUGGAACGAAAUAUAUACCGAGAAUCAUGCAUGCUGCCUUAACAGAUAUCAGACUUGUUACAUAGAUAGUCACAGGGGAG